UCAGGUUUGCAAACAGAACGGGACACGAGGUGGCUGCCAGCAGACAGGUUUUCUGCCAGCUGCAGGAACCAAGCCCGCGUGUUUUCCACAGCCCUUCACACACCCAGCAACGGGCGGCAGGGAGAGGAGCUUCGUCACACGAGGAAGGGCUUAGGAACCUCGGAUGGCGUUUGGUGAGUCACAGGAUCACGGGAUGGCGGAAGGGACCCGCGAGGAUCACCGAGCUCAUUCUCCACACAGGACCACCCGAGCCUGUUCCGCGCCCUGCGGUGACGAUCCUUGGAGAGCUUCCCUCUCGGAUCUCGGCUCCAUCUCGCCGCGCCACGCAUUUAUCGCCGCUUAUCCACCCAUCUUCCCACCCGCCCUCACCGCGCUCCCUUCCCGGACCCGCCCGAGGUCCCCGGGGGCGGGCUUUGAACCAGCCCAGGAGCCGGGCCGGGUCCGAGCCUUCGGAGCGCGGCGAAUUCCCGCGGGAAGUUUGUGCCUCGCUGCGCUCCGUACCUCCCCGAGCUCUCGGCUCCACGUUGGCCGCGCAGGCGCAGCGACGCGCUCACCUGCUGAGGGAGGGGGGGAGCCGGCGGCGGCCGAGCAGGGCAGGGGUCGAGUGCCAUCGCCAUCUCAGCGCAGGGGGCGAGAGGAGGAGGGCAAGAAGGACGACAGGGAGGCAGCGCGCUCCCCUCGCCGCCAUGUUUAAGAAGCUGAAGCAGAAGAUCAGUGAGGAGCAGACGCCGCCGCGCGGCUCUGGGGGCCGGGCCGCCCCCAACCAACAUCAGGUUCCCCCCAAGUCUCCUCCACUGACUGACAAAAGAAGCAGAUCAUCUUCAUUGGCAGAGCAGAACGAUGAAGGCACUUUAACACCAGACAAAGAGCUUCUAGCCGGGAUGAUAGCAGAGCCUGCUUUUCUCUCUGAGUAUACUAUCUUUGCUUUGGAUCCCACCAAGCAACCUAAGCCACAGAGUGACGGUGUGAAUUUACCUAAGCAAACGGUUCCCAGAUGGACUGAAAACAAUGGAAGUGAGCCAGCAUCCCCUCAGCCAAGUGAUGCUCAGUCAUUCACCCAGCGUCUUCAGCUCCGAGUUCCCUCCAUGGAGUCAUUGUUUCGAAGUCCAGUGAAAGAGACCCUGUUCCGCUCUUCUUCUAAAGAGUCCCUGGUACGAACAUCCUCCAGAGAUUCUCUGAAUCGGCUGGAUGUGGAUGCGGCUGGUCCCACCUUUGACCCACCUUCUGACAUUGAAAGUGAGACCGAGGAGGUUUCAGGAAAUGCAGACAGCCUCAGCAAGGAGCAGUUGCUGCAGCGACUGCGCCGAAUGGAGCGCAGCUUGGGCAACUACAGAGGGAAAUAUGCUGAGCUGGUGUCUGCUUAUCAAGUUAUCCAACGAGAGAAGAAGAAGCUACAGGGCAUUCUGAGUCAAAGUCAGGAUAAAGCACUUCGCAGAAUUGGAGAACUGAGAGAGGAGCUCCAGAUGGAUCAACAAGCUAAGAAACAUCUCCAGGAGGAAUUUGAUGCUUCCUUAGAAGAGAAGGAUCAACUUAUUAGUGUUCUGCAAACUCAGGUAUCGUUGCUGAAGCAGAGGUUACAGAAUGGUCAGAUAGGCAUUGAAUUACCUGAUCCAAAUAACCAGUCUGAACCACAAGUUCAAAGUCAAACAAAAGAAAUCAAUGCAGAAAAUAUUGUGGAACCAGGAAGUGAUGAGGGUAAUGAAGAUUCUGUUAAAACACUGGAAACUCUUAAUCAGAGGGUGAAGCGCCAAGAGAACUUGCUGCAGCGCUGCAAGGAGAUGAUUCGGUCACACAAGGAGCGCUGUGCCCAGCUAAGCAAUGAGAAGGAGGCACUGCAGGAGCAGCUGGAAGAGAGACUUCAGGAGCUAGAGAAAAUGAAGGACCUUCACAUGGGUGAGAAGACAAAACUGAUUACACAGCUGCGUGAUGCAAAAAAUUUGAUUGAGCAACUAGAACAGGACAAGGGCAUGGUAAUUGCAGAGACAAAACGACAAAUGCAUGAAACACUGGAAAUGAAGGAGGAAGAGGUGGCCCAGCUGCGUGCUCGGAUCAAGCAGAUAACUACACAAGGCGAGGAGUUAAAAGAGCAGAAAGAGAAGUCUGAAAGAGCUGCUUUUGAAGAGCUUGAGAAGGCUCUGAGUAUGGCCCAAAGAACAGAAGAAGCCCGGAAAAAAUUACAAGCAGAAAUGGAUGAAAAAAUCAAAGCAGUAGAAAAGGCAAGUGAGGAAGAGAGGGUAAAUCUUCAGCAAGAGUUGACCAGAGUAAAGCAAGAGGUGGUUGAGAUUAUGAAGAAGUCUUCAGAAGAUCGUGUUGCUGAGCUGGAAAAAUUACAUAAAAAAGAAAUGGCUACCAAAGAUCAGGAGCUAAAUGAGAGAUUGCAGGCCCAAGAAAGAGAGUUCCAGGAGAAGAUGAAGGCAGCUCUUGAGAAAAAUCAGAGUGAGUGUUUAAAAACCCUUCAAGAGCAAGAGCAACAGGAAUCCCUAGCCUUAGAAGAACUAGAGCUGCAAAAGAAAGCAAUACAGUCAGAAUGUGACAAAAAACUUGAGGAGAUGCAUCAGGAAGUAGAGACUUUUAGAACUAGAAUUCUUGAAUUGGAGAGCUCUCUUGCAAAGUACUCACAAGAUGACAGGAAGCGUUCAGAGGAAUUAAGCACUUUGAUGGAAUCUGAAAAAAUGCAACAUAACAAGAAAGUGAGUGAUAUAGUUGAAAAACACAAGGAGGAAUUGGAGAACGUGAAGCAGCAGCAGGAAAAGCUUUGGACAGAAAAACUUCAAAUUUUACAUCAGCAACAUGUAAUUGAGGUAGAAAAAAUGAGAGAGAAGCAAGAACAAGAAAUAGAUACGAUACUGAAAGAGAAAGAAACGGUUUUCCGUACACAUAUAGAAGAGAUGAAUGAAAAAACAUUAGAAAAACUUGACGUGAAACAAACAGAAUUAGAAACGUUGUCAUCUGAGCUAUCCGAAGCACUGAAAGUACGUCAGGAUUUAGAACAAGAGCUCUCAGAAGUGAAAAGUAAAUUGGGUGAAGCAAAGCAAGAAUUUGAAGGGAAGUUGGAAGCAGAGAGGAAUCAACACAAAGAAGAGGUUGAAGUUAUGUUAAAAGAGCAUGAGAUGUCUAUUCAGGGAGUCGAGAAGGUACUGAAGGAGGAACUGAACCAAAUGAAGCAAUCAUUGGAGGAGAAGGAGAGACUGCUGGAGGAAACAAAAGCACGUGAGCAAGAACUAAAGGAAUCUGCACAAAGAUCUGAAGCUGAACUUGUCCAAGUGUCUGCAAGGCUAGUGGAGGCUUCACUAUCCCAGCAGAGUACUUCUAACGAGCAGGCAAAGCAAUAUGAAGAGGAAUUAGCAAAGCUCCAGCAACAGCUGAUGGACCUGAAAGGGGAAAAAUUGGAACUUAGUGAGCAGUUAGUAAGAACUGAAUCCCAGCUGAAUGAAGUCAAGAAGGAGUUAGAAUUGUACACCUCUCAGGUACAUGACCUGAAGCAGCAUUUGCAAGAGCAAAGCGAUGAAAAUACCCAGAAAGUAACAUCUCUAACACAACAGUAUGAAUCUCAACUGAGGGAUCUACAAGAAGAGGCUGAUAAGGCAAAGCAAAGUCUAACUGAGAGGGAAAAUGACAUCGAACAUGUGAGGAAAGUACAGAAUGAACAAGUGGAAGAGCUUAAACAGAAACUGUUAGCUGCAGAGGAGAGAAUUAGUACUUUACAAGGAGACUAUGAAAACAAGCUAAAGCGUCAUGAAAACAAAAUGGAGAAAAUGAAGCAGAAAUCAAAAGAUAUGCAGGAAGCCUUCAAAAAGAAACUCGCUGAGCAAGAAUCUAAGCUAAAGAAAGAGCUUGAAAAUAAGCAAUUGGAGUUCAGUCAGAAAGAGAGUGAAUUCAAUGCUAAAAUACUGGAAAUGGCACAUGCCAGCUCAGCCGGAAUCAAUGAUGCUGUGUCAAAACUGGAAUCUAAUCAGAAAGAGCAACUGGAGAGUCUUGCUGAGGCUCAUAAGAGGGAGUUGGAAGAAAUUAGCCGAAGUUGGGAAAAGAAACUCAAUCAGCAGGCUGAAGAGCUCCAGGAAAAACAUGAAAUGGAACUGCAAGAGAAAGAGCAGGAACUUGGAGAUCUAAAAGAGAAACUUGCCACCUGCAGUGCUGAAAAGGAGGACUCAAGGACAGAAAUAACCCAACUGAAGGAGGAGCAGGUCAAGAGGAACGAGACCCUGAAGCAAUUGCAAGAAGAACUAAAACAGUCCUUAGCUCAGAUGAGUGCUCUGUCAAAUAGUGAGAGCGGCCUAAAAGCGCAGCUCCAAAAGCUGGAGGGUGAUCUUAGUCAGUCCCUGAAAGAGAAAUUAGGACUUCAGGAGCAGAUCAGUAGGCAGAAAGCAAUUGAAGAGAAGGACAAAGCCAGAAUUACUGAGCUGGCUGAUAAGCUGAAAGCCCUGGAGGAGAAACUCCAAACGAUGCAGUCUUCUCACAAUAAGGAUCGUGAAAAUUAUGAGAAAAAAAUCGAGGCUUUUCAGCUACAAGAAACAGAGAUUAAGGAGCUUGCAGCGCAAUUAGAUGCUUAUUGGAAGAGUGCUGAAGUUCUAUUGCAAACAAAAAGCAAUGAAUUAAUUGAAAAAUGUAAUGAAAAAAUUGGCAUAGUAACAUGCAAAAUUGCAGAUUGUGAGCGCCAAACUACAAAAGUUAAAGAAGCGGUAAUUGUUAAAAUGAAUAAGUCAGUGCAGCAGCUGCAAGAGAAGGACAAUGUAAUAAAGUCCAUGAGGGCUGAUAUUGAAGGUCUUGUAACAGAAAAGGAACAAUUGCAGAAAGAGGGAGGGCAUCAGAAGCAAGCAGCCAGAAAAGAAACUUGCAUAACACAGCUCAGGAAGGAGUUAUCAGAAAAUAUCAAUGCUGUCACCUCGAUGAGAGAGGAACUCCGGGAAAAAGAAUCAGAGAUCUCAACUCUCAACAAAACAAUAAAUGAGCUUAAUGUUAGACUUGAAAGCACGGUAAGCUUAACAGAGAAGGAAGCAGCCAUCUCUCUAUUAAGCACUCAACAUCAAGAGGAGCGGUUGCAGUUGUUAAACCAGGUACAGGAGUUAUCAUCCAGUAUUGAGGUACUGAGGCAAGAAAAAGCGUCAGCUCUUGAGCAGGUAGAUCAUUGUACAGCCAAGCUGUCGGAAUGGAAGACAAAAGCACAAACGAGGUUUACACAAAAUCAUGAAACUAUUAAAGAUUUGCAGAGCAAACUUGAGGUAAGCAAUACCCAGGCCACUAAAAAAGAUGAAGAGCUAAACAAGCUGAAGGAGGAGCUGGCUCAGCAAGGCAAGGAUCUGGAUGGUUUAAAGAGUGCUCUGGAAGAAAAGGAAAACAGGAUAGAAAAACAAGAAAGUGAGUUAACUGCAGAGUUAAAAAUCCAAGUAGCAAGAGUUGCUGAAUUGGAAGAACACAUUGCUCAGAAAACUUCAGAAAAUGAUUCCUUGAUGGAGGAACUUAGGAGGUAUAAUGAACAAAAAGACAUGGAGCAAAAAGAGGUAGCUUGGCAACUCCAGCAGGCAGAGAAGGUUGCUUUUGAAAAAGACAAUAGAUUUAAGGAGGCUGAAGAAAAAGUGCUCAAUCUUGAAAAGGAAAUAGGUUCUCUGAAAGCUGAAUGUGAAGCAAAAGAGAGAGAAUUUGAUCAAAUGAAAUCAGCGAUACUUAAAAGCAAAGAGGAAGAACUAAAAGAGUUAGAAGAGAGACUGAAUGCAGAGAACAGCACAAAGUUGGCAGAUCUGAAAAAGAAGGCAGAGCAAAAAAUUGGUUCUAUUAAAAAGCAAUUGAUGUCUCAAAUGGAAGAAAAGGAACAGCAAUUAAAACAAGAUAGAGAAAAUCAGGUAAGACAUUUGGAACAAAAAGUGCAGGAAAGAGAGGCCAAAAUUGAAUCCCUGGAAGAAAAGAUGAAGUCAACAAGAGAUUCCAUGGAAUUAGAGAGAGAAAUGCAGCAAAAAAUAGAGAGUGCUAAGGCUGCUAUAGAGCAAGAAAAAAAUGAAAUACUUAAGAGUGUCCAACAGACACACGAAGAGAAAAUAAACAAGUUACAGAAGGACUUGAUAGAGAAAAACAAGUUGUUGCAGAAGUAUGAAAGCGAACGUGAAGGUGUAGACUCUCUUCUAGAACUGCAAAAGAAACAGGAAGAGCUCCUUAAAAAGUUGGAGUGUGCUGAGAAGAGACAGAGAGAGGAGCAGAGUGUGACUGAAAGCCUCAGGGAAGAGCUUGAAGAGCAGGCUAAAAAAUACUCCUUGCUGGUGGAUGAGCAUGCUCGGUGUGGUGGUGAUUUAGCAAGUAGUAGGGAAGAACUGAAAGCUAAAGAACAAAAAAAUCUGGAUAUGGAGAAUACAAUUGGAGAUUUCCAGAGAAAAAUGCAGGAAAAAGAUGCGGUCAGUCACUCUUUAGAACAGAAGGUGAGAGAAUUGGAAGAUAAUCUAGCUAAGGUAAAUGAAGAGCACAAGAGAGAGAUGGAAGAUAGAAGUUUGAAAUAUGAAGAAAACCUAAAAAGUUUACAGCAGCAGCUGGAAGAAAGAAAUGACCGCUUGAAAGCUUCUGAAGCAAAUGCUGAAGAAAAGACUAAAUCUGCUUUGGAGCUGCAGAAGUUACUGGGUGACAUGCAGAACCAGCAGAAGGACUUGCAAGCUAAACUGGAGGAGACUGACAGGGAGAAACAGAAACUACGUAAGGAUGUAAACAGUCUUCAGAAAGACCUGCGUACUCUGCGAAAAGAACAUCAACAGGAGCUUGACAUAGUUAAGAAGGAAUCCUUUGAAGAAAUGGAGCAGAAAAUCAGAUGUGAACAAGAAGACAUUGAAUUAAAACACAACUCUACAUUAAAGCAGCUAAUGAGAGAGUUCAAUACUCAGCUUGCUCAAAAAGAAAUGGAAUUGGAAACAGCUGUAAAAGAGACCAUCAGUAAAGCCCAGGAGGUAGAAUCUGAAUUGAUAGAAAACCAUCAGAUAGAGACAACUCAGUUGCAUAAAAAAAUUGCAGAAAAAGAUGAUGAUCUGAAAAGAACUGUGAAAAAAUAUGAAGAAAUCCUUGAGGCUCGUGAAGAAGAAAUGACAACAAAAGUUCACGAGUUGCAGACACAGUUAGAGGAGUUGCAAAAGGAGUACAAGCAAAGGAUGGCAGAAAAGGACCAUCGAAACAGUGAAAACGUCACAAUAGCAGAACUUCAGGCACAGCUUGCACAGAAGACAACACUUGUCAAUGAUUCAAAGCUGAAAGAGCAGGAGUUCAAGGAGCAGAUUCAUGUACUGGAAGACAGACUGAGAAAUUAUGAGAAGAAAAUGUAUGUCACAUCAGUUGGAACACCACAUAGAGAUGGAAAUCUUCAUCAUACUGACGUUUCUCUCUUUGGGGAGCCUACUGAGUUUGAAUACUUGAGGAAAGUGCUCUUUGAAUAUAUGAUGGGUCGUGAGACAAAGACAAUGGCCAAGGUUAUAACAACAGUGCUGAAGUUCCCAGCUGAUCAGACUCAGAAGAUACUGGAACGAGAAGAUGCAAGACCAUUGUUUGCCUCACCUCGCAGUGGUAUCUUCUGAAUAUUCCAUCAGUCUGUGCUUAGUUAGCAUGUGGUCAUGGCUACGACCGUCCUGAGGAGAUCCCAGUGAGAAUGUCUCAUAACAGUGCUGCUUAGAAACAUGUUCAUAUCUCUGUUUGUUGCCCCUUGAGAGGGGGCGAGAAGAAAAGCUAUUAUUCAAGGUCACAAAUGGAACAGCAAGAACCAAAGCUCAGCACCACCUUUGGACCGUGAAUAUAGUUAAAACUGCCUUGACAAGAGAUGCUAAUCAGGGGUUAUCUGGGGAUGAAUCUUUUUUCUCUUCUAUUGAACACUCUUCUAUUUUGUGUUAAAGGUUAUUUUUUUAAAGGAGAGAAAAGAUUACCCUAGGAAGGAAUUACCCGUUACUGUAUCUCCAUACAGGUUUCACUGGGUGUUUUUUAAGAGUUGAACUAAAUGGUUUGUCUCUUCUAUUUAUUUUUUAAUUUUGAAUGAAUUGUGCAAUACAUUUUUGGAUGGAUAGCAGUUGAGGUGAUUUUUCCGGAUGAACUGGGCACUCUUGUUUGACUACUCCUCUACCGAUUUGAUCUUCUGAUUGUUUGCUACAGGUCACUUCCUAUAUGCUUUUGCCUACAAUAAAUCCGAAUUGCAGUACCUCAUUUGUUUACUUCUAGCUUUUGUACUUAUAUUUUCUGGAAAAAA